GGGCGGGUCUAUAUCACUUUCCACAAAGGAGGCGUGGCGACAGAAACGUAAUGGGCAGGAUGAAGAGACGCAGGGAGCCGGUGUAGUACGCAGAGCUCAGCGAGCUACAGAGGAGUUCGAUACCAGAGCUAACGCUUGACAGAAGAAAGGGUGCGAUAAACAUAGAAAACUAAUAAUAAUAAGAAUAAUUAUGUCCUCUUGACAGGUUGAGCAGCGAGGCGAUUAGGUCUGCUGUCGGAGCUACUCCAUAUGUGUAACUUAGCUGGUUCGAACGACUGCUUGUCUUAAAGGUUAAUUCUAGCGUGGAUUCAACUGCUCGUGCACGAUAAUAGUGACAGAGGAAAUUGAUUGGAUCGGUAGUGCCCUUGCCCAUUCUCCGUCAGAAGGACAACAUCAGACCGGAAUCGAAUCUUCGCGGUCUGCAUCGCCACGAUCCCCGUGCGUGAUCAGAGGAGCUCAAGCAGACUGGCCGUCCUUAAUAUAUUCACCAUAAUGUCAGCAAGAGAGCGGCAGCAGGAAUUCUACAUCAAGGCAGAGCCUGCAAGCCCAGAAAGUAUCAGCCAGCACAGCCCAGGAGGAUCCUCAGAUUCAAGUAACAGUGGUGGAGGUGGAGCAGCCAAUGAACACUACUCUUCUCCACUUUAUGGAGCUCCUCGAUGUCAUUAUGAGGAAGAGAACUCGGAAGAGCCUCCAACAGGGGGCAAAUGCAAGUAUGCCCUUACCACUCUGCCCAAACGACUGUGCCUAGUGUGUGGUGACAUUGCCUCUGGGUUUCACUAUGGGGUGGCAUCCUGUGAAGCAUGUAAAGCAUUCUUCAAACGCACUAUCCAAGGAAGUAUAGAAUACAGCUGUCCUGCUACAAAUGAGUGUGAAAUCACAAAACGUCGUCGGAAGGCCUGCCAGGCCUGUCGAUUUACAAAGUGCUUGAAAGUUGGAAUGCUUAAAGAAGGUGUACGUUUGGACCGAGUACGAGGAGGCAGGCAAAAAUAUAAACGCAGGCCAGAAGUGGAAGCAAUGACAUACCAGGGGUCAUACCAGAGCCCACAAGCUACUCAGCCUAUCAGGAAGCCAGCUACAACCAAUAAUAUUGUGUCUCACUUGAUGGCAGCAGAGCCAGAGAAGUUGUUUGCAAUGCCUGAUCCAUUAGUACAGGACAGCUACCUGAAAACCAUGACUACUCUGUGUGACCUGGCAGACCGUGAACUGGUUGUUAUCAUAGGCUGGGCCAAGCACAUUCCAGGUUUUCCGUCACUAUCUUUGGCUGACCAGAUGUCAAUUCUACAGAGUGUAUGGCUAGAGGUUCUAAUCUUGGGAGUAGCUUUUCGUUCCCUGCCUUAUGAAGAUGAGAUUGUUUUUGCUGAGGACUACAUUAUGGAUGAAGACAUGUCUACAAUGGCUGGACUAACUGAAUUAAAUGGUGCUAUUAAUCAGUUAGCAAGGAAGUACCGCAAUUUGCAGCUUGAUAAAGAAGAGUUUGUCAUGCUCAAAGCUAUUGCUCUCACAAAUUCUGAUUCGGUUCAUAUAGAGGAUUUAGAGGCAGUUCAGCACCUCAAAGAUGUUCUCCAUGAAGCUCUUCUCGAGUAUGAAUCCACCAAACACUCAGAUGAGCCCCGGCGAGCUGGAAAACUGCUGAUGACUCUACCGCUGCUGAGACAAACAGCCAACCGUGCCCUUCAUCACUUCUAUAACCUCAAAGUGGAGGGUAAGGUACCGAUGCACAAGCUGUUCCUGGAGAUGCUGGAGGCUAUGAUGGAUUCUCCUUGACAGCAGGUCAAGAAGAAAAAAAAGAGACAAUAAUGUUGGCCCUCAAAAAUACAAAAGGGCUUUUAUUUGUACUAAAGCCAUAUUGGUCUGCAAAGCUAUUAUGUUAAAAGCUGGUCAAGGACAACAAAGUUAUUUAAUAUUGUCAAACAGUACUUCCAUCCUCCUUAGAAGAGGGACUGAACCCAUUAAUGGUGUGCUAUUGUGAAGUGGAACUAAUGAAAGAAACGCUUUUGCAGGAUCUCCAAGUGAAUACACACACCUUGAUGUCUUGAUUUGGGAAUUUCUUUCGGCUUUCUUCAAUUCUGGCUUCACUACUAAGAAACAUGAUAACUAUGAACCAAUAGUAAUUUCCUUCUGGCAAACAAAACAUCAACUCUGGGCAUGUCAGACCAAGCUGUAUGUGAAUCACUAUGCCAUACAUAUUUGAAUUAGAUGACAUCUAAGGAAAGAAAUCUGAUUAUGACUACUAUAGUUCUAGUGAAGGAAGCUUUUAUACAUUUUAAAAAAGGGAAUUCCUAUUUGAAAUAUUAUUAGAUUUUUAUUUAUUGUUAUUUUUUAUAAUAGGUUAUUUAUGACAUUUCUGUCUUUCCUGUUUGAUGACAGCACCACUUCCAUCAGUGCCUCAAUAUUAACUUAAGAAUAAACCGUCUUCCCUCCAUUUUCAUUCUUCCAAAUGGCGUUCUAUAAAGUAGUUUCUCUGCAUUCCCAUUGUACAAAAUCAUGAAGCCAUAGCACACGCUGUACAGAUUUUUUUUCCCCUGUUACAGCCAAGAAUCACACCUGGCUUGGAAAUAUUUUGUAGCAGGAAUGACAGGUUAAGAGUGAAAUAGUAGCAUGUAAUAUACUGUAGAAAUGGUCAUUUAGCACAGAUGGCACAUAAAUUAUUUUUUUACAUGAACUUUAUUUCAAAUAGCUCCAGACGCCUUCGCUAUUAUCCCUCUAAGGGUAAGCUGCAAAUGAGUGUUUGCUUAGACACUGAAUGUACAUUACUGUGUACUUUUAUGUGAGGACUACAACACAUAUUCCAGGUGACACUUGCUGCUAAGGGUUAUUGUAAAGUUUACCAUUUACAUGAAAGCUAAUGCUACUUGACAGCAAUAAAAGAUCAACAGCAAGCGUAUAAAUGGCUGUUUAUUUACAGCAGAUUUUUUUAGUUCUGUUAUGUUGGUGUUCAAUCUUUAAUACCCAUAAUGUUUUGGGUAAUAAAUGUUAAUUUCACUAUUAAGAUAUACAUGUAUGCAAUACAAUCAUUAUAUACUGUUUGUGUGUGUAUAUACAGUAUAUGUGUGUGUAUAUUUAUAGAGUCUUGCAAUAUUAUUUUAUUAGUAUUUAUUUAGGGCAGCUAUAUCAUGCAAGGGUUUACUAAGGUCAUUCCAGAGGUACCCAGGCUAUUUCACCCUAAAACUGUUUUGUUGCUUUGAAAAAUAUUUUCAGUAACAAAAUUGUUGCAAAUGAUAGAUGCAUUUAAACCGAUAGACAAUUUUGUAAGCAGGUUAUUCAUCGAGCAGGCAAAUCUAUACUGCAAGUGAACAUCCACAAUACAAAGAAACAAUACACCAAAUAGCAUUUGUGUAGAAUUAAAUAUUAAGGCGUGGUAUCAUAGAAUACAGUAUUUGUAAAAAAAACAAAAAAACAUGCUGUUGCAGACCAAGACUUAGAACUUUACAGAUUAUAGUUAACAGAAUUAUUGCCACAUGAAUACAGAAAGGGAUGCAAGCUCCUAAAACAUCAAUUCCUUUUUGUCCACAUAGACUUGUAGUAUAAAUGUGCAGGUGACCUUAACAUCUGUGCAAAAGCACUUUAGAUAGCUUUUGCAAAGGAGCAGAUGGUGCAUUCUUAAAGAGCAAACUGUGCAAAGUAGCAGAAAUCUAUGAAUGUGGAUGCAUAUGCAGUUUCAGUUUGACCUUUAGUCUCUGUUCAUCCUAAACAUAAGUACAAUUACUGACAGGAAAGCAGGAGGAUUUUUGUAUGAUCAGGUUAGCAAGCGCCUCCUUGAAACAGGGAAAAGGCAUAAUAACUUUACUGAAAGAAAAUAAAUGUAUAGCUCGAUCAUUUCAGAAAUAACUGAAUAAGCAGAGUCCCAGCAAACAAUCUGAUGUUGCAAGCUGCGUAUGAUAUGUAGGGAAGAGACAUCAAGGUGCUUUAUUUCUAAGAAUCAAAAUAUAUACAGUAUGUAUUAAAAAUAUCAAAAUAAACUGUUAUAAAAGAGAAGACAUUUUAAUUGCUAUAGUUUAGAGGAGCUUUGCAUUAGCAGAGAGUCUGAGCUUCAGGUGUGAGUAUUUGCUGUCGACAGCGUGAUUGGCCUUGAACUGAAACCUGUCCGUUAAAAACAAUGCAGAGCCGGGGAUGCUAACAUCAACGGACAUUAGACUUCCAAUUUUAAUUUAAAAAUAAACAAACAUGCUUUUCCUAACACUAAACAGGAUGUGGUGCUGAAAUUAAGGAAAUACAUAUGUCCUUUAUUUUUCUUUAUAGCAUUUACUGACUUGAUUCAAACAGAAAAUGACCUUGUUAAAUCAUAUUUAAAACACAGUAUUACAUCUACUUGACUGAAACAUGAAGAGCAAGUGGAAGACCAAACUAGCCAGAAUCAGAAAUGUGUUUUAAAUUGCACUUUGGAUGCAUUCUUCUUGACCAGAUUGGAACUAUAUUUGAAAAAAGGAAAAAAAAAAAAACAUUGGGGGCAUUAACUUAAAGCUGUGGGUAUGUAAAUUUGAAAAUUAGAUUCAAAUUUUAGUAUUGACUGCAGCAGCCAGAAAAUUAAGAAAACUUUUCUUUUGGGAACAUAAACCUGGAGCUUCUGUUCGACACAGAUGGACCUUGUAAGCUGUUUUCAAUUCACGCGUGUAGAGGUGCAAAUCGAAAGAAACAGGGAGGAAUGUUCAACGAUGUCCCAUUGCAUGGAGCAAUAAGGGUUGAUGCUGACCUGAAACGGAGGAUACCAGAGUGAAUUGUAAUCUUCUAAAUUAUUGUCAGUGAACAAAACAAAACCUGUGAUUUUAUGCACUGUAGGAUUUCUUCCAUAAAUAGUCUGAAUUCAGAAGUAACCAUCUUUUUAAUUCAUAGCAAUUCUAUGUGCUGUAGAACUAGAAGCCAUAUAUUUCAAGAAAGCAAUACAUAUCAGCCUGUAUGGUAGUAAGUAAUAAAACAAAAUAAAUACAUUUUCCAAUGCCAAGAGGGCAAGAAAAGCAUUUUAAUGACCUGUACACCAUUUUUUUUUUCAAAAUCAGUGCAAGGACAUUGUCCUUAAUUAUUAUUAUUAAUUAUUUUAUUGUAAUGAAACCUUUGCCUCAUGUACUUCUAGGUUGUGUUUGUGUCGUUGUAAAUUGUGUGCUGCUCUGGGAUAAAAACUAAAGGAAAUGACUGAAGAUUUAUUCUCCUAGAGUAGACACUUGGGGUGUGCUGAUGUGCCGAUUUACUGAUUAAUGUAUAUUUUCAUUGUACUUGAAAAACCUAAUGCUUUCCUCAUUUGCUAAACAUGAAUUUUAUUUUUGAUAUGCCCAUCCUUUGAUAUCCAAUCCUCUUGGCUGACUUUUCUUUUUUAUUUAAUUAAUUAUGCAGAUCCAGUCGGUCAGCCAUCAAAUUGCGUCUGAAUGAAGGGGAGCAAAAGGGAAUAUUAACACUGCAAACUAAUACAAAAUAUUUUUUUACAGAAUAAUGUAGUGGCUGUCUUCGGUGAUCAAUUGAUUUUAUUGUAGCUUGUGGACAACAUACAGGCCAGUACACCAAUCAUUCUGACCUAAAACACAGUGGAGAGUACAUGAAUAACUUGAAGUUAUGGUGCAGUGUGUGACAGUGUACUUAUAUUUAAGGUACAUGUAUGUGUAGCCUGCAUUUGUACUUGUGUUUGUAAGUAAACGUAAAUAAGUCUGCAUUUUCUAGGUUGGGCAGUUCAAAGUGUACCUUAAAAAUCAACACAACUGUAGUGCUUUAGCUUUACAGAGAGCCACGCGUAAUCAGAAAUGCCAAGAUGGCACUGCAGUUUCUAGAAUGCAGUUUACAGACUUGGAUCUCUGAAAAGAAGCUAAGAAACCUGAAAAAAGUUGACAAUUGCUCACACAUUAACUCACUCACUUUACAAAAGAAGUGUGGCACUACUGACCCUUCAUCUCCUUCAUGGUUCCUAACCCCUUUGAUUGAAAAAUUUCAGAAAAACAGGAUAUGUUACACAUAAAAGGAUUGCAAACUACAUGCCUGGCAGAAUGUCUCAAGCUCAAAAUUAGAAAAUACUACAAAACUAAACCGGCCAUUUAGGAACAAUUGUGAAAAUUUUAUAUUAGGAUGAAGAAUUGGUUUUAUGCAGAUGUUUAUAAAAUAAUGAAUUAUUUGUUUCAUAGAAUAGACAAUCACCUCAUCUAACACUAUCCACGGUAAGUGAGGAUCAUCUCACGACUGAGCUGCUUCUGUGUUUUCUGUUUGCAGUUGAUGAGUAACGACAUAGUAAAGCGCAGAGUAUUGUAUAGCAAACUCAGGAUUGGGCGUUGUUGCGUCUUUUGUUAGUCCUGUAAGAGUUUUGUAUAUUUUUCUCAGUAUAACAUUUCUGUUGGUCAGUUGUGUUUCUGUCUACUUGCCUGUCUCUUCGUACUUAUGGUGAUUUGUGUGUGUGUUUGUGUGUAAUGUAUAUCCUAAAAUUAAAUUAUUUGUCUCACAGAUUAUGGCCUUUACUUCCAAAGACGGACCUUUUUUUUGAAAGCCAUAAAGAGUGUACUCUUUGUUGGAUGUAAUGACCACCUUAAGAUUUACUUCACGAAAUAAUCAAGAAUAGCAAUGAUAAAAUUUACUUUUUGAGGAGAGUAUAUUUAAAAAAAGAAGAUAAAAGUUGAAAGAAAAUGAAUGGAAAA